AUGCCAUUCGGCUACAGGCACACAAACCCCAAAGACGUACUUUCCAUGACACCCGCAGAACUUCGGAAGCUAGAGCAGCAGCACUUUCCAAGUCCAGCAAACACCGCUCGUCUCGCGGGCAUGAGCGAUGAAGAGACUGAUCAACAAGCCGAUGCCGCGCGGCGGUGGCUACUGGUGAUGCUCGACUGUCAUGACAGAACAAUGACCCAGGAACACGAAAUAAGAAUGUUCAGAUUCGCUGUAGAGAAGCAGAUGGAAGAACGGGAAAAGGACUGGACAGAUCUGGAACGACUGUACAUGGCACUCGCAAACAGCAAUCUCGCAUCGCCGCAAGAGCGAUUGCAGGCAGCUUUCGUGACCGUGCUUCACUUUGACUACCCGCAACGCUGGCGAGACAUUAAUGAGGUCGCCCAAAAGCUUGACGAACGUCUGAAGCGUGCCUCCGACAUGGACGCUGUGUUAGAUGAGACACGCGAUGUUAUAGUCGCCAGAACCGAAUUAACCAACGUCGACCAUUUCGCGUGCGCCAUUCCACUUUCACUACUCACCGUCACAGCAGAAAACACUUCUGUGGUCGAUGACAAUGCCGGCUGCUGCCCGAUCUGCCAACUCUCAUACACCUCAUUCCAAGAUUCCUCUAUUCUACAACUGUUAGGUGACUAUCCAGUGCGAAUCAAGCAAUGCGGUCAUAUCAUCGGGAAAUCAUGUCUAGAGCAGUGGAUGAGAACGCCAAAGAUCGACGAAGCAAAAUACCCACAUCGCACAUGUCCAUGCUGCCGUGUCAAGAUCGAAGGUGUGAAGUCGCCCUCAGUACCUCGUGGGCUACUGGAUCAUCUGAAGACCGAUCGACGAGCCAUGGAAACAGUAAGAGAGUUGCUCUAUGGGUAUGAUAUGGACCUGGAAGAGUGUCUGAGCGCCAUCAGCGCGUGCAUUAGCGACGAGAUCGCCUGCGAGGAGCUGGUGGCUGAGCUUGGACGGAAUGAUGGAGAGCAAGACAACCAGAUACUGAAGGACAAACUUGCGAAUCUGGAGAAGGAGAAACGGGCUUGGGGAUUUAGGGGAAAUGGAAUUUGGAAAAGGCUGCGAGAGGAAUGGAUGAACAGCGGUGUUACCCGGAAGGCUUGA